UUUUCCGCCCCACCUGAACAGUCUCUCCAGGGUGUCAGAGCUGGGUUAGUCUGCAGGGUCGAAUGUUGAAUUCUUUUUUUUUGCCAGGAGUUUUACUUUUUUGGCUACUUUUUUGAAGAAUUAACCUGCUAGCCUGGACCUGUUGGUCCGUGGUCACACACAAGGGCCUGUUAAUUGCUCCUGCUGCCCAAAGGAGAAGAAGCGCACUGACCAACCAUGGGGAAGUCAAACAGCAAGCUGAAGCCGGAGGUGGUGGAGGAACUGACCCGCAAGACUUACUUCACAGAGAAAGAGGUGCAACAGUGGUAUAAAGGUUUCAUAAAAGACUGUCCCAGUGGUCAACUGGAUGCUGAUGGCUUCCAGAAGAUCUACAAGCAGUUCUUCCCCUUCGGAGACCCCACAAAGUUUGCCAACUUCGUCUUCAAUGUCUUUGACGAGAACAAGGAUGGGCGCAUCGAGUUUUCAGAGUUCAUACAGGCGCUGUCUAUCACUUCGCGUGGAACUCUGGACGAGAAGCUCAGAUGGGCCUUCAAGUUAUACGACCUGGAUAACGACGGUUACAUAACACGAGAGGAGAUGCUCAACAUCGUGGAUGCCAUUUACCAGAUGGUGGGGAACACAGUAGAGCUUCCUGAGGAGGAGAAUACACCAGAGAAGAGAGUGGACCACAUCUUUGCCAUGAUGGACAAGAACGCCGAUGGGCUCCUAACCCUGCAGGAAUUCCAGGAGGGUUCAAAAGCGGACCCCUCCAUUGUGCAGGCCCUGUCGCUGUACGAUGGCCUGGUGUAGCACCAGGAGCGUGCAAAGGAAUAUAUAAUAGAUUGUCCAAUCCAGCGGCAUCACAUGUGUUCUCGGAGGAAGCCAAUGUCUAGGUGGUGGGACUCAUGGGACCUGACAAGGGUGGGCCCUCUGUCGUGUAUCACUCAUCUCCAUGGUCACAAAAAAAAACCCCACAACAGUAACAGCAAACAAAAAAACAGCUCUGGAAUUCUGACUCAGCUGACUUCUGGAGCUCUGAAUAUGCUGAAUAAGGGAAGGAUGUGUCUGCACGGUUGACAUUCUUUUUGUCUUGAAAGCAAGGAAUAAAGUGAAACAAGACUUGAGAACCAGUGUCCACUGGAAAAAAAACACCUGUGGGAGCACCGUAGAGCAGGAGAAAACUGCAGUGCAUUCUGGGAGCAUCAUUUGGCUUUGGCAGACAUUUGUGCAUCUGUCUGAGAAUGCUGCUACUGUAUCAGAGAGGCAAACUGGCCCUGACUGCCACAGGAGUAACAAGCUUAUUUAUUCAUAGUGGCUUUAAGAAAUGUGAUGCGGUGUCGCUAAGAUUUUGUGUCAUGUGUUCAAGUAGACUGAAAUGUAAGUGUUGUUUUUCAGUCUUUUUUGGUACUAAACGCAGCUCCAUGUGCUGUUAGACCUCUGAAGUGACCGAUCCCUUUGCUGGUUCUGCUAGCACAUCACCAGGGUGAGGAAGAGCCUAAAAGAGGUGGGACUUGUUUUAUUUCCAAUGCCUGUGGCUAUGUGCUCUCCUGCUACGUGUUACACUCAAUGACUUAGAAAUUAAGUAGACUG